CACUGAGCCUCCGUAGAAUGAAACGUUCGUCCGCCGGUUCUGUUUUUUUUUUUUUUUUUUUUUUUAAGUGGUAUUUUUUUUUCUUUUUUCUCCUGCAUCAUCACGGAGGUUGAACGACAGAGACACAAAAUGGGGAGGAAAAACAGAUUAUGUGCGUGCAGGUGUAAGUGUCACGCGGCUCGUGGUGGGAGAUAAGAAGAGGAGUAUUUAGUGCUUUUAUUGGCCCAAGGACGGAGGAGAGAAGCGAGGAGACGAGCCGCUGCGGAUCGGGUCCUCCUCACCAGGGCUGGGGGAAGGCUCCCAAAAUGCUCCACAGAUAAUGAGACGCGAUAUCAUGUCUUGACUACAAAAGAGUAAAUCUCCGCGGAUAGACUGCGGCAGCACGGACAGGAAUAUAAAAAGGCCUCCUCGGAUGAAGCUCGCCGGGUUUUAAUCCGACUCCAGACGCGCAGCGACGAGCUUCCGCACAGGGUGAGUGAGAUCCGACACACAUCACACAGAAAUACGCUGCUAAAUGUUCGAAAAGUCGAAGAACGAUAUCAUCGCAACUGAAGGGAUUUAUGGGAUCACAAGUUUCUUCUGAUGAGAUGAGUGUGCGUGCGGGCCAGGGCAGCGAUGAGGUGCUGGUUUCACAGGCAGUGUGGGAUUACCUGGCCACAGCUGGGCGGCCCUGGCUCAUUGACUUCCAGCACAGGCAGGGGAUGAGUGCUGGUAUCAUUAGGCGAGGAGAGAGGGGGGGCUGCUGUGCUGUGAGGCUCCAACCAGUGGAAGGUUCCAGGCAUGCUGGAGCUGGGGUGAUGGAUGGACUUAUCUCCAGCGAGACGCGAAAAGCGUUCAUUGACUUAUGCCGCUGUGCCCGCAAAGAAAUGAGCAAACAGGAGGGAGGGUCCAAGAGGAAGAGGGCUCUGCUACCCUGUGUUGCAAUCCUGGAGCCAAACGGGGAGGGGAGCCUUCUUCCGCCACCGCCUCCCCAGCCUCGCCGUUCCCAGAGACAGCAGCAGAGAUUCAGGAAGCCUGCUGAUGAGGAGGAUUGUGUCAUGCUCCAUGAUGUAGGCCAGAGGAAGGAUAUGGACAGCAUGGCCUCUCACAGUGAAGCAGAGGACAACAACUCCUGUUCAAUCUGCAUGGGAGACAUUGUGGAGAAGACUACUCUAGAGAGAUGUGGCCACUCUUUCUGUCACUCUUGCCUGGAUCAAGCCUUUAAGGUGAAGAAAGCAUGUCCUGUGUGCCGACAAGUGUAUGGCCAGCUGAUUGGCAACCAGCCUGCCAAUGGUACAAUGAUUGUAGAGCGAGAUCCUGAUCUAGAGCUUCCUGGGCAUGAAGGAUUCGGAUGUAUCUGCAUCAUCUACAGCUUCCCUCCUGGCCUGCAGGUGGCUGAACACCCAAACCCAGGUGUACGGUAUCCAGGGACAGACCGUGUGGCCUACCUCCCUGAUAGUCCUGAAGGGAACCGUGUGCUGGGCUUGCUGCACCGGGCCUUUGAACAGCGCCUUAUCUUCACCAUUGGUACCUCCAUGACGACGGGCAUGCAGAAUGUCAUCACCUGGAAUGACAUUCACCAUAAGACUUCAAUAUGGGGCGGACCUCGCUGCUUUGGCUACCCAGACCCCACUUACCUGGUACGAGUGACAGAGGAGCUAAGAGAGAAAGGCAUUACAGCGGACUGACAGUGUGACAUGAUGGACUCUGAGUUUCUAGGACUUCGAGCACUCUUUGCAAUCGACAUGACUCAAGGAUGGACAUUGAGACUGCCUGUCUCUUAAAGAUCAGCUGAAGACAAGGUACUCGGCAGAUGUGUCAAAUGCUGCAACAGAGCCCACAUCACUUCACCAGUUGUUCCUCUGUUUGUGCAUCCCCCCCAAAAGAGCUCAACUUAACCCAGUGCUACACACGCAAGUAAAUACUUUGAGUGCAGUGCAUUCUUGUAUAACACAACCCUCUACCUGUCACAGUUGGCAAUAGGACCGAUAUCUGAUGCACUCAUUUAGCAGCAUCAUGUUGUGUUUGAAUUCUAAAUACUGAUAUUUCAUUUAGGAAUUCUUAAGUUUUAAAUGUUAAUGAUACACUUUUUUUUAAUGCUUAUUUAGAUUCUGAAGAUGGGUUUUUAUUUGUAACAAGCACACACACUCUUUUAUAUCCCCAGUAAUGUUUAAGUCUCUAAUUUGAUAGUUAUUAAUUACUUGUUGAAAGGCUAGCACUUGGAUCGUACGGCAGAAUAGCACUGCUUCACUAGAAAGAGUUCAUUUUCAGAACUUAUUGCAAUCUUAGAGCACUCACAGGCACUUUGGUAAUGGAGUCUGUUUUUCAUUGACGUUGGAGUAAAUGGGUUUUUGCUUCCUCUGUAAAGACGAGUGCUCGGGGCAAACAGGCUUGUGAGCUACUGGCUCAGCAACGACAAGGUGAUGUCAUUUGUUUGGAACUUUCAUUCACGUGUGAUCUUUUUCUUUUUUCUUUUUUUUGUUCUCACAAGAAUGUCAGAAUGGUUUAUGGCAGCACUUUUUAUUUAGUGCAUUCAGCCUUCGCCUUGGGUGACUUUGGUCAUUUACUUUUAUAUUACACACUGUCUCCCAGGUUUUGAGCCCAUUCCGUUAGUUGUUAGUAAUGUGCUCACCUAAUUACCAGAUUUAAGAUGAUGUCAAAUGCUAAGGGCAUACAGACCACUUAAACCAAAUCAAAGGCACAAAAGCUCUUUAAAUAUCUAUGCCUCUUUCCCUGUUAAACUGGGAGAUUUUCCUCAUAAUAUUCUCAUUUAAAAUGAGGUAAUCCUUGUAAAUUCAGUCUAAAUAAAUAUCUACCAUCACAAAGUGAUAAGACAAGACGUCUAUUGCAAGAGCAAUUGCUGUUGAUCUGAUUUAGGGCGGGGUUAUUGAUCUGAUUUUGUUGUGCCUUUUUUUACAUUCACUUUUGAUAAAAAUCAAGUAUGUUUCUCAGUUUGGGUGUAUUUUUGUCAUUUCAAAGGUAAACAGCAUUAUGUUUGUAGCUAUACUACCAGGCUUUAAAAAAAAAAAUCCUUCACACAGUUCAUGGAAUAUAUGUAUUAUAAUGUGUACUUUCCUUCAUGAGCAUUCUUACAGUCAAACAUGCUGGAGAAAACAAACAAACUGAAUUGACAAAGCUGUAUGUGUGAAAGUGCUUGGCUCAAUGCAGUAAUCUUGGCUUUUGGUAAAGUUGUCAUUUAUUUAACCAGUCAGACACACAUCCAAUAACAAUUCUUUGUAAAUUUUUAUUUUAUUUUUUUGUUAGGGACCAACUGAAAUAUUUUAAGACACGGGAUUGUAGUUUACUUAAAGGUACUGUGCAAACAUGACUAUGCAUUACGUGAAUGAGGAGGAGCCAGGGGAAUGAUGAAGUUGACUGAAGAAGGAAACGCUGGAGUUUUGCUUUUCUAAUUGUGUUGAUUCGUACUUUGUUGAGAUCCAAAACAAUGUGCUUUACCUUUUAAUACUUGAAUAAAAAAAGUUAUGUUU